AUGCAAACUCCAACUCAAAACAAAUCCUGGGAGGCAAGGAACAUCAACAAAAAGGGGCAACUGAUGAGCUUUGAGAUGUUAUUGAUUGAUGAGCAUAGAGGAAAAACAUGGCAAGAGGAGCUGAUUCUGCUCGAUAUCAAAGGCUGUGUUAUCAUCUGGCGUGACUGCCACGGCGAUGUCUUCGCUGCUCAAGCCGAGCUCUUCUUCUCCAAGCUCAUCGAGAAAGAGGGUGAUACACAACCAAAUGGGGUCACUUACAUGUUUGUACAGCUGAACAUAACAUUAUUUUUAGGAGGUAGAGGAAGAAUCCCCCAUGUUUACUUUGUCAUAGCGUAUGGGUUACUUGAUGAGACAACUGACUUUAGGUACCCUCAGUAUAUGGGAGCAAGAAUCCUCAAUGAAUUCAUCAAGACUGAUGCAUAUGAAUGGAAGUUACACAGAUGCCUCCUAUGGCUGUCACAAGUUCUCUCCUGGAAGAGAGAGGGGAUAGAGUACAAGAAGAACGAAGGACAAAGAAGGAAGCAAGCAGAAAUGUAA